AAUAAUACACCUAUUUUUAUCAUGACUUCAAUGUAGCUAGCACUGUGAGGCCUUUAAAAUAGGAGAGAUCUAUUUAGUUCCAGGAAAAGAUAUUUGAGUGUCAAUGUAAAUUUGUUUAACAGAAGAUAUAUACAGGUAUUAUUUAUUUUAAAACAAAUUUUAGAAAGGGAAAGCAAUUGAUGGAUCAGUUGAAAUGAGGAUAAAGGAAUAUAUGCUGUUUAGGCAACUGCAAAGCAUGAAAGCACGCAGUUCAAUAAUAUAAUUAAAUUAUCAAAAAGUCAUAUGAAUAAUGUCUGGAAAAAAUGUAAAUUUGUGGAAAAUUCACGUGUAAUUUCAUAAGAAAUCAGUAGAUGGCACAAACAACUUUUGGAAGGUUUGAGUGCUAAAUGUCGUUAUACAAAUAGGCAGGAUUACAGGAAGUUGUGCUUCUUAUCUUUUCCUGUGUAAUUUUUCUGCUUACUUACGCAGCAAGACUUCCUGGAGUCCCAGAAGUUCAUUUGUGGAGUAAAAAGCAGUUUGCAGUGUUGUUGUGUCCAUGCUGGUUUCCAGGACACAAGCAAGACAAGCUCUUGAGGAUUAAAACCGAUAUGGAGAAAUGAUGAAGGUCAAUGAACAUCUAUAAAGAAUAACCAAAAACAUGGUAGAAAACAGAAGAUCUUUCACAAACUCUUUUUUUUGUAGUUGUGUCUUUAUAAUAACUCUCUGGAACUAUAUCAAGCUGUCUGAUGAAUAUGAAUUUAUUGCAAAGUAUUCUAGUACCGUACCAGAAGACCAUUUUUACUAUGAAACUAAGAACCUGCCACCCUCACAUGAAAAGAGACGUCAGAUUCUAUCAGCAGAUAACAGAAUAAACCAUUCCAGUUGGGAUGUGGUACACAAUACUUCAGACAGUUUAGAACUGUCUAAUAUCUCAGAGAAUUCAAUAAACGAUUUAAUACAAUUAUUGUCAACAUUCAACAAAACCUCAAAAAUAAAAAAACUUACUCUGACUAAUAUUAAAACACCCUGGAAAAGCUUUAUUAAAUUUCUUCAGAUUGUGUGGCAAACAUCCAUUGAAUAUUUCAAUAUCAACAAUAUAAAACUAUUGUCACAUAUUGAAAAGCAGAUCUUCAACUACAGUGAUACUUCAAUGAAAGCACUGACAAUAAAGAAUGUUUCCAUUGAAAUAUUCUAUUUUUCACAGAAUGACCUAUACAGCAUAUUUUCAGAGAUGAACACUGAGGCCUUGACAAUAUCUGAUUCAAAGAUAAUACAUAUGCUUUGCCCUUCCAAGCCAAGUAUAUUUCAGGUUUUAAACUUUUCAAACAAUGAUUUGACAGACAUGGUUUUUGAAGACUGUGAGAACUUAUUUCUUUUGGAAACACUUAUUCUGCAGAAAAAUCAAUUAAAAAAACUUUCCAAAGUGAGCUCAAUGACAAGUAAAAUGAAAUCACUGAAAUAUUUGGACAUAAGUAGGAAUUUAUUGUAUAUUAAUGAGAAUGGGAACCAUUGCAACUGGAUUCAAACUCUGGCUAAACUGAAUUUGUCCUCAAACAAAUUGACAGACUCAGUUUUUGGAUGUUUGCCAAUCAAUGUCCAAAUACUUGAUCUACAAAAUAACCUGAUCAGAACUGUCCCCAAAGAUGUUGCUGAACUGAAAGCUUUGAAAGAGCUAAAUAUUGCAUUUAACGGGUUAACUGAGCUGCCUGGAUGUAAUCAUUUUAGGGGUCUGGAGUUCCUGAACAUAGAAGAGAAUUCAAUUCUCACGCCAUCAUCUGACUUCUUCCAUAGCUGUCAGAAUAUCAGAGAGCUAAGAGGAGGACACAAUCCAUUCCAAUGUUCUUGUGAAUUACGAGACUUCAUUAAUUUUGAAAAAAAAUCAGGUGGAAGGUUGAUUGGCUGGCCAGAAUCCUAUGUGUGUGAAUAUCCAGAUGGCCUAAAGGGAACCCAGCUAAAGGACUUUCAUUUGUCUGAACUAUCUUGCAAUACAACCCUCUUGCUUAUUAUAGCUAUAGUUGUUACAGUCUUGGUAGUGGCUGUGACAUCCUUUCUGUGUAUCUAUUUUGACAUAAUGUGGUAUUUGAAGAUGAUGUGGCAGUGGGCACAAACUAAACGCAGGGUUCGCUACACACACCCUGAAGAUCUGCAAAACAUUUUACAAUUUCAUGCUUUUAUUUCAUAUAGUGAACGUGAUUCCCUCUGGGUGAAGAGUCAUUUGAUCCCAAACCUGGAGAAGGAAGAUGGGUCUGUACAGAUCUGUCUGCAUGAGAGGAACUUUGUUCCCGGCAAAAGCAUUGUUGAGAACAUUAUAAACUGCAUUGAGAAAAGUCACAAAUCAAUCUUUGUUUUGUCUCCCAAUUUUGUUCAGAGUGAAUGGUGUCACUAUGAGCUUUACUUUGCCCAUCACAAAUUGUUUAGUGAAAGUUCCAAUAGCUUAAUCCUCAUUUUAUUGGAACCAAUCCCACAGUAUCUGAUUCCUGCCCGGUAUCACAAGCUGAAAGCUCUCAUGGCAAAGAGAACAUAUUUGGAGUGGCCAAAGGAGAAAAGCAAACAUGGACUUUUCUGGUCUAAUCUUAAGGCGGCUAUUAACAUUAACCUGCCAGUAUCUGCCAAAGUGGUGUAGAAAAAGACAGAAGUUAUUUUCAUUUUAAUUGUCUUUUUGUCUUUUAUGAUAAUACAAUAAACAUUUGAUUAUGAA